GCGGAAAGAUGCAGCGUAGCCUACUCCGGUGUGGAAGAGGUGCAGGUGCUUUCGGAUGACGAGCCAGCAGAAUUUAUACACCUCAAAUUGUGGGGGACUUAAACUUUUCAACCGAUCGUAUCAAUUAUUCCUAGAUUUGUGAUCACGCUACAUAUUAGGUAUUAGUUAACCGGACAAAAUCACGCAUCAGUUCGACUAGGGACCGGCAUCAGAUUUCAGAAAGGAGAACGAAUCGCUUCCGCCUAGCGCCGUGUGAAUAUCCCUGAGUUACAGGGUACGUGGGACGCUUGUUCACAACGCUAUUUAUCCUUGUGAAGAUGGCGGCUCCUGUUGUAGCCAGCCGGGCUGGAUCCGUCAACAGCGUCGGGAACAGCCCCACUGCAACACCCACCAACCCAAAUAAUAAUAACAAAAUAAUUCCCAGUUACCCCGAACUCGAUUUUAGGUCCGGUGCAAGGAUUGAGGAAUUGAACAAGCUCAUCCAGGAAUUCAGCAAACACGAUCAACGCGAAUAUGACGACCAGAGAGCCUUGGAAAUUCACACCGCGAAGGACUUCAUCUUUUCUAUGCUUGGCAUGGUGCAGAAACUGGACCAGAAGCUGCCGGUGGCGAACGAGUACCUUCUCUUAUCGGGCGGCGUGAGGGAAGGCGUAGUGGACAUAGACCUGGACGAGCUCAACGUCUACGCCCGGGGAACAGACUUUGAUCUUGACUUCACCCUGCUGGUGCCCGCGCUCAAAUUGCACGACCGCAACCAGCCGGUGACGCUGGACAUGCGGCACUCCGCGCUCUGCCACUCCUGGCUGAGCCUGCGGCUCUUCGACGAGGGCACCAUCAACAAGUGGAAGGACUGCUGCACCGUCGUGGACCACCUCAACGGCGCCACCAACUACUUCUUCUCGCCCACGCUGGUGGCCGACUGGUUCUACGAGUCCAUCAGCGUGGUGCUGCUGGAGGUGCAGAAGAAGCCGCAGCGGGGGAUGCCCAAGGUGGAGAAGGUGGAGAAGAACGGCACCGUCAUCUCCGUCAUCCUGGCGGUGGGCAGCAGCCGCAUGCUGUAUGACAUCGUGCCCGUGGUGUCCUUCAAGGGCUGGCCGGCCGUGGCCCAGAGCUGGCUGAUGGAGAACCACUUCUGGGACGGGAAGAUCACGGAGGAGGAGGUGAUCAGCGGCUUCUACCUGCUCCCCGCCUGCUCCUGCAGCGGCCGCAAGGAGAACGAGUGGCGGCUCUCGUUCGCCCGCAGCGAGGUGCAGCUGAAGAAGUGCAUCUCCAGCAGCCUGAUGCAGGCCUACCAGGCGUGCAAGGCCCUCAUCAUCAAACUGCUGUCCCGGCCCAAGGCCAUCAGCCCCUACCACCUGCGCAGCCUGAUGCUCUGGUCAUGUGACCGACUUCCAGCCAAUUACCUGUCCCAGGACGACUUCUCCGCUCACUUCCUGCUCGGCCUUAUCGACGACCUGCAGCACUGCCUGGUCAACAAGAUGUGCCCCAACUACUUCAUCCCGCAGUGCAACAUGCUGGAGCACCUGUCGGACGAGACGGCCAUGCUGCACGCCCGCAGGCUAUCCUCGGUGCGCUCAGACCCGGCCGAGCACCUGCGCACCGCCAUCGAGCACGCCAAGGCCGCCAACCGGUUGACCCUGGACCUGCAGAGGCGCGGCAGCGUGGCCAGCCUGCCCUCGCCGCAGUCGGACCCGGGGGACCAGCAGCCCGACGACCGCCUCGCCAAGAAGCUGCAGCAGCUGGUUACGGAGAACCCGGGGAAGUCCAUCUCCGUCUUCAUCAACCCCGACGACGUCACGCGCCCGCAUUUCCGCAUCGACGACAAGUUCUUCUGAGCAGCGCCCCUCCCCGCCCCACGUACCCCCCCUCCUUUCCUGUCUGGAACCGUUGCUGUUUUUCCCCUGGUGAUGUUUUCUGUUAGAGCGUUGUGAUUUAUAUUUUCCUGUGUUUUCCUCCCCCCCUCCCCCCACCCAAACACAGGAAGACACGGUGGUUGUCUCUGUUACCAUGGUGACAGUGGUCUGUAGAACUCCACUGAACAGGCCUGGGAGGGGCUGGAGAACGGAAGGCUCGGAGUGCUGAGUGUAGUUCGUUCUCCACACAGGGGACUGUAAGGGUGGCUCAUGCCACAGCUGAACGUGAAAGUGGAAAUUGUUUAUGAGGUGUACACCAGGGACAAGCUUUAGUACUUUAAAUUACACCUGGCUCUGUGCCAGGAGGCCAAAUUACAUUUCCGAAAGUCAUCUUUGACCAUUCCUGUGUAUAGAUUUUUACUUCUCCACUGUGAUAGGUUGAAUUAAUUAUAGCUGGCUACUUUAUAACUACAUAUAAUAACCUGUCUUUUUUCAAUCAUUGCAAAAUAUACAGAAAAUUGUCUUUUGAGAAAUGUAGAAUAUGCCAAAAGCUGCAGGAUUAUGGUUGAUGGAGAAUGAGCUCCAUCCUCAAGUGCAAUUAGUCGAGUACACACACACAACCAGUCUAACAGUAAUGUUUACUGCAUAGUAGUUUCAUGGGAAUAUUUCACAGAAUGUAACAUUUGCAUAUUGUUAGCCAUUUCUAGACUUCCAGGACUUUGUCUUUUAUGCAGAACUCAGUACUUUAUCCAAACAUUAACUGUAAUUUACUUUUAUUUAUUAAAGUACACUGAUGUUUUUUGAUUAUGCAAAUUCAAUUGAAGAUGAGAAGACAUGCCAUGACAUGUACACGUGCUUGACUGCUGUAUAACUCUUAGACAGAGGAUCCUCUCUCUGUUGACAUGAAUCUAUUGUACAUCUUUACUGUUAUCAUGGAUUAGCCUCACAGCUCGCCUUCGGGAAUGGACCAAUCCCACAGCCUCACCUCUGACAAACUGCACACCAUCGCUGUCAGCGGGGACCAGACUGACCAACCUCGUCACGCUCGUGGACCAAUCCAGCAGCUUCACCUGAAACACAAACCAAUUGCCUCACGCCUUGCCUUCACCAUUGGCUAAUCCUACUGCCUCUCUGGCCUCACCGACCAAUCCUGCACCACGUCUUUGACGCUGACCAGUGAAGUGUUGGCAUAUCAUGGGGGAUGUAGUUCUCCCGGCUGAGAAACGUCUCUGCUCACCUGAAGUGACCUGUACCAGGUACUGCGGAGCCCCCGAGGGAACACUGCUGGGAAUUUGUGAUAUGAGCUGAGCAUGACCCACUUUUAGAGAGAACUUUAUAUUGACUAUUUAAGCUACACUUGAGAUUUAACUAACAAUUACAAUGGAAGGUAGACAACUAAAUCCAAUUAUGUGAUUAAGGGACUACAUUUGAUGCAGACUUAAAUGGACUGUGAUUGACACGCCUGAAAGGUGGAAAUGUUAAAUGCAGCUAUAAACCCAAGUAAAUUCCAAGAAGAAGUGGAAUCUUCAAGAACAUUCUUUGGCCAAUUCAGUGCUGUGAUUCAUAUAAGUAUGUAUGGGUGACAACUAGUAUGUAUAUGGUUGUUCAAGAUUGUCCUCUGCUGACUGAGUUUCUAAGCUUAUAUUUGCUCUUGUGUAAAAUAAUUCUGUAUCCCAUAACUGCUGUGAGUGAAAUGUGUUCUAGAUCUCAUGUGCAAAUUAAAAGUGUCCUGUGGGACUUGGUACGGUG